AUGCCGGGAAAUCCCAAGAAAAACAAUAAACAGUCGGAGGGGAAAAGCAUUACUAUAGAGCUGGAGGUGCAUAAUUCUGAUGAUGAAGGGGAAAAACUGACAGAACAAGGAAACUUGAGACCAGUUUGGGAAGAUGACUCGAAGGAUAACUCGAAAGAUGAGGACUUCCAGGUGGAAGAAGAAGAACCUGAAGUUAAACCUAAUAAUGAAAUGGAGGAAAUAGAUGAAGAAGAGGAAGGGGAGGAUCAAAGUAGCAACACUGAAAGUGAACCAGAGUCCUCGAUCAAAACCCAUGUCCGCCCCAACAUCUCUGAAGAUGAAGAUAUGGUGCCGUGUUCGCCUAUGUCAUCUAUGCAUGAUGAGAGCUACUCCCUUGAAUUGGCCCUGCUUGAUGUUAAUCCUGACAAGAAAAAGCUAGAUACCCCUAAACGCAUGGCAGAGAAAACAAAGAAAACCAAUAAAGAGUCAGAGGGGAAAGGCAUUACCAUAGACCUGGAGGAAAUCCAUGACUUGGAGGAGGAAGAUGACUUGAAGGAUAACUCGAAAGAUGAGGAGUUCCAAGUGGAAGAAGAUGAACCUGAAGUAAACCCUAAUAAUGAAAUGGAGGAAAUGGAUGCAGAAGAGGAAGAGGAGGAUGAAAGUAGAAACACUGAAAAUGAACCAGAGUCCUCGAUCAAAAGCCCUAUCCACCCCAACAUCUCUGAAGAUGAAAAUAUGGUGUCGUGUUCUCCUAUGUUGUCUAUGCAUGAUGAGAACAGUAAGAUGGAAGGGAUGUUGCAUGAUACGAGAGAGAAACUGUCAACCCUGGAACAAAAAAAUGAAGAGCAGGAAAGAAAAAUCCAACUAUUGCGUGAUGCAGUAAACUCUCUUUGUUGCAUUAUGGAUGGUAUCAUGAAGAGUGUUGUUCUAGUAACUAUUUCAGGAUAUGGAAUAAUUAAGAAAAAUAAAAAGAAAGUGGCCAAGGAGGAGUGA